CCUUGAACAAAACAAUGGUAGAGUGGGGCAAAAGCUCAAAGUACGGUGCAGAAAAACUUUGUAACUCUGUAUGAUGAAAAAACAAAGAUGGGAAGCUAUGUCAUACUAGAGUUGUGCCCAAAACUGUUUUAUAGAAUUAUUUUAUUCUUUAUUCACAAUGUAUUAUGGUUGAUGGCAAAAUCAGUGUCAUUCUGGAGCAGUGUAAAAAGGUGGUACGUGGCAGCAACAGAGUUAGGCCCUCUCGCCAAUAGAUAUAACAACUGUUGGAGGGAAGUCAAAACAUUGCGUCAUGCAGCUAGAAUGUUGACGAAAAUCCCAAAGCAUACAGUAAUCGUACUUACGAAUGAAAAUGAUAUUUCAACAGAAAGUUUAGCAAAUUGUGUGACCUGGAGUGUCUGCUGCGGGACAUUAUACGUCACUUUGUAUGACAAGAAAGGCAAUCUGCUGCUCUGCCAAGAUGAAAUAAAAAGCCAAGUAUUGCGGAAGUUGAAGACAUUACUGGGAGAUGAUUUUGUAAAAUAUAGUUUGAUAUUCAAAGAUAGUUCCUCGUCAUAUGGCAAUGGAUAUGUUCACACAACUGGAGUUUGUGUUCAAGUCAUUUCAGAAGAUGACUGUCGAAAAGAUAUAGUAGAUGUUUCAAAGCAAAUCCUUGAGCAAAUUGACUCACAGCUGAUAGAUGAUAGCGACAUAGAUUCUUCACUAAUUAAUUCAAAGUUGAAUGCCAUCAAAGGUCUUCCUGACCCAGAUUUAGCAAUCCAGUUUGGUUCAAUACAGUUUCUUGAUGGCUGCCUUCCAUGGCAAAUGAGAUUAACAGAAAUUGUAUCCUUGGAAAGCUGCAGAAAUAUUCAUGUUGAUGAUUUUGUUACAUGCCUGAGGAGAUUUUCCAAAUGUGAACAAAGAUUUGGGAAGUGAUUCCUCUAGUUUAUUACGAACUCUUAACUAUGCAACAUCCAGUUAAGAAAAAUGGAGCUUUCGACUUAUAGAUUGGGAACGCUUUAUACAGUAAGCUUUGUUUCUGGAGAUGUUAGAAUUUUGUAUUAUUAGAUUAGAUAUUUAAUCAUGUGUAAUUAAGACUACAGGAUUUCAUCUAAAGUGAUUUUUCUUUAGUUCAAAAUAAUAGAAACUUAUUUAAAUGACAAAGAAGGGCAUCGUUGGAAGAAGUUCAUUGUAUACCAGAAAAUUCACUUGACAGCCUCUCAGAAUGAUUCCAAUAUUUGAGAUAAUACAAAGAUUUUUUUCAUAAAUUCAGAUACCAUAGCUUUUUAGGUACCAUACCAUCACCCUGAUGCUUCUAGAAAAAACACUAUUGUCUCUGUGACUAUUGGUUGAAAGGUUCAAAGACAGUUAGUGUCAUUGGCCAAAAGUUGUAUUUUUUUAGAUCUGUAGCUAUAAGGCAUGAUAUUGCAAAUCCCCAUCUUAAAGAAUUCAAUAUAGACUACGCUUUAUGACAGUAUAUUGUAUAUAAGUAGAAGGUGCCAGUCAAACAGAAGCAGUUUUAUUGGGAUAUUUUAAGGGAUGGAUGCCAAGGGCUAGAUUUGAAGCUUGCAGUGUAAUAAGCAACUUUAUUUGCUACCAUCAAGGAACUUCUUCAGUUAAACUCGAAAUGGAAUUAACCAUUGGCACUAAAAAGUUACCUUUUCUUUUGUAAGUCGAGCUCAUCUAUGUAUGUGGAAAAAAUGUAUUGAUAUGCUGACAAUUUGCAACUAGUUUAAAAUGACCAAAAUCAGUGUAAGUGAAUUCGUACAACUUAUUGUCAAUCAAACCCAGUUUGAUUUUAAA